GUAAAGAAGAAGACACAAGCUCAGGUUUUAUUUGGUCUCUGAAGAACAGGUGGAUUAAAACAGUCUGAAAUUGAAGACAGGUUUCAAACUAGAAGAGACAGAGGAACAUUUAUUGGAAAACAGGAGAGCAGAGCAGCACCUCCAGCUCCCAGCUGUGUUUCUAUAAAUAGUGACAAAGACCAAAGAUCAUCUCCAUUCCAUUCUUCAGUGAUGAUCCUGGACCAGCAGAUCUAAGACUGACUGAAGUCCAGAAGAUGGAAGACUGGGAUCUAAAGGACGACAGAGCAGAAACUUCGAGAUCCACGGGUCCGUCUAUGAGGAGCGACAGGUCCAAAGAAAACAUUUUAGACUUCAGUGCAGAAUCUGGACCCUCAGAUCCAAGAGAGAGGAAGAGCACACCCCAGUGUGGAGAGAAAUCCAGAGCCAGAGCUGGACCGCUGACAGCCAGUCAGAGCAGUUGUGCAGCAGCAGAUUUUGGUCUGCAGGAGGUUCUAGAGGAAAAUAAGAUCAGUCUAAAGAGAAGAUGUGAAUGUGUGGCUGAAGGAAGUGAUGCAAGAAGUAGAACCCUAUUCAACAAUAUUUACACCGAUCUCUACAUCAUAGAGGGACAGAGUGAAGAGGUUAAUACCCAACAUGAGGUGAAGAAGCUGGAGGCAGCUUCCAAGAUCCAGAACCUCCAUGGUUCUCCAAUACGGUGCCAUGACAUCUUCAAAGCCUUACCUGAUCAAUAUGCAGCCAUCAGAGUGGUUUUGACCAACGGCGUUGCUGGUGUUGGUAAAACCUUCUCAGUGCAGAAGUUCACUCUGGACUGGGCACAGGGCUUGGAGAACCAAGAUGUCAGUGCUGUGGUUCUGUUUUCUUUCAGGGAACUGAACCUGAUCAGAGAUCAGCAGCACAGUCUUCUCACGCUGCUCCAUGUUUUCCAUCCAAACCUCCAGAAGCUCCCAGCAGAGAAGCUGGCUGUCUGGAAGCUUCUCUUCAUCUUUGAUGGCCUGGAUGAAAGCAGACCUUUUCUGGACUUCAGCAACAGUCGGCUUGUUUCUGACAUCACACAGAAGUCAUCAAUCAACGUUCUGCUGAUUAACCUAAUCAAGGGGAACCUGCUCCCCUCUGCUCUUGUCUGGAUAACUUCCCGACCUGCAGCAGCCAAUCAGAUCCCUCCUUCCUGUGUUUCCAGGGUAACAGAAGUACGAGGCUUCACUGACGUCCAGAAGGAGAAGUACUUCAGGAUAAGGUUCAGGAAUGAAGAGGAGAAGGCCAGCAGGAUUAUUUCCCACAUCAAGACCUCCAAGAGCCUCUUCAUCAUGUGUGGGAUCCCAGUGUUCUGCUGGAUCACUGCCACAGUUCUGGAGAACUUGUUGACCACAGAGCAGAGAGGAGAGUUGCCCAAGACCAUGACUGACAUGUACUCACAUUUCCUGCUGGUGCAGACUAAGCGGAAGAGGAACAAGUACCAUGAAGGGCAUGAGACGAGUCCAGAGGAGCUGAUGGAGGCUGACAGGGAAGUUCUUCUAAAGCUGGGGAGGCUGGCCUUGGAACACCUGGAGAAAGGAAAUAUCAUGUUCUACCAAGAAGACCUGGAGCAGUGUGGUGUGGAUGUCACAGAGGCCUCAGUCUUCUCGGGGGUUUGUACAGAGAUCUUCAAAAGAGAGCGCGUGAUCUUCCAGAAAUCUGUCUACUGCUUUAUCCACCUGAGCAUCCAGGAGUUUCUGGCUGCAGUCUACAUGCUCCACUGUUUGAUAGGCAGGAACACAGAAGGGGAGGAGAACCUUCAGGUAGUUGAGGAGAAGAAUGAGGCCAGUUAUGAAGAUGACAGUGAUGAAGAAGAACAUCCCUCUGAUAUCUUAAAGCAUCGUUUUUCCUCUCUACCUCAUAUUCUGCACAAAGUCAUGAAAACAUCCCUCGGGAGUCCAAAUGGCCACCUGGACCUGUUUGCUCGCUUCCUUCAUGGUCUCUUUGUGAAGUCCAGCCACAGCCUCUUAGGAGGGCUGCUGGGUAAGAUAGAGAACAGUCCAGGGACCAUCAAAAAAGCCAUCAGCAAUCUGAAGGAGAUGAGCACUCGUAGAAUCUCUCCUGAUAGAAGCAUCAACAUCUUCCAUUGUCUGAUGGAGAUGAAAGACCUUUCAGUUUAUCAAGAGAUCCAACAGUUCCUGAAAUUAGGAAACAGAUCAGAGAAGGAGCUCACAGGGAUUCAGUGCUCAGCUCUGGCCUACAUGCUGCAGAUGUCAGAGGAAAUUCUGGAGGAGUUAGAUCUGCAGAAGUACAAAACAUCAGAGAAUGGACGGCAUAGACUGGUCCCAGCUGUGAGGAACUGCAGAAAAGCUCGACUUGGUGGCUGUAAACUCUAUGAGGCUGAAUGUGAAGUUGUGGCCUCAGCUCUGAAGUCCAACCUUCAUCUGACUGAAGUGGAAAUACAAAAGAUCCAUGGAGGUGUAUCCUUUGGAGACUCUGAAAUGAAGUAUCUGUGUGAGAUACUGGAGAAUCCAAUUUGCAAAGUGAAGAGUCUGCAGUGA